AUGCUGAAAUCUGCUUGUGUUCUGCUCUUGUGCCUCGCACUUACCAAUGCCUACUACAGCAGAGGCGGUAGAGGUGGUCGAGGAGGCAAAAAUGGUGGUGGUGGUGGGAUGAGAAGCUACGGAGGCUAUGGCAACAACGGAGGCUAUGGAGGCUACGGCAACAACGGAGGCUAUGGAGGCUACGGCAACAACGGAGGCUAUGGAGGUUAUGGCAACCGUGGUGGUUAUGGCGGCUAUGGCAACAACGGAGGCUAUGGAGGCUAUGGCAACAACGGAGGCUAUGGUGGCUAUGGAAACAACGGAGGCUAUGGAGGCUACGGCAACAACGGAGGUUAUGGAGGCUAUGGCAACAACGGUGGCUAUGGAGGCUAUGGCAAUGUUGGUGGUUAUGGUGGUUAUGGCAUGAGCGGAGGCUAUGGAGGCUAUGGCAAUGGAGGAGGCUAUGGAGGCUAUGGCAACAACGGAGGCUAUGGAGGUUAUGGCAACAACGGAGGCUAUGGAGGCUAUGGCAACGGAGGAGGCUAUGGAGGCUAUGACAAUAAUGGCGGCUAUGGAGGCUAUGGCAAUAAUGGAGGCUAUGGCAAAGGCGGCAACCGAGGAGGCUAUGGAGGCUAUGGUAAUCGUGGUGGUUAUGGCGGCUAUGGCAACAAUGGAGGCAACCGCGGAGGCUAUGGAGGCUAUGGCAACGGUGGUGGUUAUGGCGGCUAUGGUAACAACGGUGGCAACCGUGGAGGCUAUGGAAGCUACGGCAAAUAUUAA